AUGGCAAACCCCCUCAAGUACACCUAUCCUUCUCCACUGACCGGGUUUGAGAAUGCCCCGCCGUUGUCAGAGGAGAAAAAUGAAGAUGGAAAGAGCUUUGUCAAUCCUCAGCGCGAGAGCCUGAGCGAGGCCUACACCAAGUUCACUGAACCACUGGAUAACGGACGAAGAGGUGGCUUUGACAUACAUAUCUACUAUUUCCAACAGAGCAAGGAGCAAACUAAAUAUGCGCGCGAGCUGUGGGAACGUAUCCGACGCGAGUUCCCGGAGCUGAGAGUCUACACUUUUUGGGACCGGCCAAUCGGACCACACCCGGUCGCCAUGUUCGAAGUAAACGUCUUCAAUCCAGCACAAUUCGGAGCUUUUGUGUCUUGGCUAGCCGUCUGGCGGGGUCCCCUUUCUGCUCUGAUCCAUCCCAACACAAUUCCUGAGGAGGGAGUGUCGGCAGCUGAGUCUGGAUAUCGUGACCAUUCUCAGCGUGCCAUUUGGAUGGGUGAGAGGGUGCCUCUGGAUUAUAGUAUAUUUGCUCGCUCGUCUUAG